AUGGAUGGUUGUAUGCUCACUCGCUCUAAGGGGCAACCAUUAGAGUUAUUCGAUCCUGAGAUCGAAACAUUCAACCGAAGGAGAAACGCUCAGAGAAGGCUCAACCGAAAGCGAUCAAUUUCGCCUCUUAAGAGAGAACCGCGUAUUCCUGUUGCGAUAACAAUAGCGGACAACGGAGAGAACAAUGCACCACAUCCAGAUCCGGUAGUCCAACAACUCCAAUUACAACUUGCAGAUUUGGUGAAACAGGUUAAAGAAAAAAAUGAACUACAAGCCACAGUGCCAGUGCAAAACAUGUACGCUUACAGAGAGGUGGAGAACCCACCAAUUGGCAAUGAUGGGAUCGAUGCCAAUCAUUUUGAGCUCAAGCCAGGAUUGCUUAAUAUGGCUGAGGCUAAUGCUUUUGCGGGGAAUGCCAACGAAGAUCCCAACAAGCAUCUCACUAAGUUUAUUCAGAUCAGUAACACGGUGAAGCUUAAUGGGGUGAGAGAUGAACUAAUCAGAUUAAGGUUAUUCUCAUUUUCCUUGAGAGAUGAUGCCAGAGACUGGUACGACAGCAUGGGGUCAGGAUCUGUUAAAACUUGGGAUGCCAUGGUAGACUUAUUUUUGGAGAAGUACUUCCCACCCAGCGAAGUUCUAAAAAGGCAAGCAGAGAUAAUUCAGUUCCAGAUGAAACCUCAUGAGACAAUCCGAGAAGCAUGGGCUAGAUUCAAGACACUGCUGAAAAGAUGCCCCAAGCAUGGUCUAAGUCCGGGACACCAAGUCAUAACUUUUUACAGGGGGUGUACUCCAGAUGCAAUGCGUGAACUGAAUUGGAGUGCAGGAGGAGCACUCCUUCAAUUAGGAGAGAAUGAUGCCAUGCAAGUGAUUGAGAUAGUAGCUUCCACUGAUGAAGGAUGGAAUAAUGAAAGAAACAAGUCAUACAGGGUGGCCUCUGCUACAGAAGAUGAUAGGAUAGACAGAAUGUCAAAGCAGCUAGAUCUUUUGACCACUCAACUGGGGAUCAUGGAGAUGAGGCAACCUGGACCAGAACUGCAAGGAGGAGUUGAAGGUGUCAACUAUGUGCACCAAGGGGGGAAUAACAUGAACUUCAACAACUAUCGCCACAACCAAGGUGGUGGUAACUAUAACAACUAUGGUAACAAAGUGCACCCCAAUCUCUCAUAUGGGAAUCCACACAAUACUCUACAACCACCGCCAGGAUUCACAGUGUCUAAUGGGUUGGUAGAACAGCAAAAAAAGCCUACUACUGAAGAUAUCUUGGCAACAUUCAUGAAUCAGACUACCAAGUACAUGGAGAAAACUAACAAGUACAUGGAGAGCACUAGUCAAAGGUUGGGGAAGGUUGAAAACGACGUGCAAAGCUUGAAUGUGCAUAUGAAGAGCAUUGAUACUCAGAUUAGUCAAAUUUCUCAAGUUGUAGGUGUCCAACAUCAGCCAGGGCAAUUUCCAGCACAGACCAUAAACAAUCCCAAAGACUGCAAGGCCAUACACUUGAGAGGUGGUAAAAGCUAUGAAGGACCUUCCAUGCCUGUAGAGGAAAAGAAGAGUACUCCAGAGGAAGAUGUCAGAGCAGAAGGGAAUUCCAUGGGAAAGAAUAAGGUGGAAAUUCAGACCAAGAAAGACGCAGUGCCAGAAAAGCUGCCCCCUCCCUCCAUUCCUACGACAGUUAGAGUGCCCUUCCCAUUUGCGGUGAAGAAGAAGAAGUUGGAUGAGCAAUUCUCCAAAUUUCUCGGUAUUUUUAGGAAGACAAAUGCACUGUGUGAUCUGGGGGCGAGCAUAAAUUUGAUGCCAUUAUCAUUUUUCAGAAAGAUGAAGAUCGGCACUCUCAAGCCGACUACAAUCACACUGCAGAUGGCAGAUAGAUCAGUCACCUAUCCUAAAGGAAUUGUUGAGGAUGUUCAGGUGAAGGUACAUAUCUUCAUAUUUCCCGUCGAUUUUGUAGUGUUGGAUAUGGAGGAAGACAUGAAUGUGCCGCUUAUCCUAGGGCGCCCAUUCCUAGCAACGGGAAAAGCAUUGAUAGAUAUAGCAAAGGGAGAGCUCACUCUUCGUAUGGGCAACAAACGACACAUUUUGUCUAUCUAUAAUGCUAUGAAGAGUCGUAAAGAUGAGGAACUUAUUAUGAAGAUGGAGUGCAAAGUUGUGCAUGUUGUGAAGGUCCAAAAGACACAAGCAAUUGAGUCCGCAUUGGGAGAUUUUUCAUUGCCGCGGUGGAUGUUUGGUUCAUGUGGUGAAUCACUUUCAAAAGAAGAGACUGCACCAAAUUCUAAAGUGAAGGAGAAAAAAACAAAAGCUGCAAAUACACCCACUGAGUACUCAUGUACUCAGCCCUGCAUGUAUUUGUAA